AAGGCUUGAGUCUGGGCCACGGGCCAGAGGCCGCCGGAAGUGCUCAGCGUUGUUGACGGAAGUAGAGAGAAGGCUGUAAUGGCGGCUGUGACUGAAGUUGUGGUCCCGGCGGAUGGCGCGGAAGCCAGGCCCUUGGCGGCCGAGGAGCUGGCGGCGCAGAAGCGGGAGCAGAGACUGCGCAAGUUCCGUGAGCUGCAUCUGAAGCGGAAUGAAGCUCGGAAGCUGAAUCACCAGGAAGUUGUGGAAGAAGACAAAAGACUGAAGUUGCCUGCAAACUGGGAAGCCAAGAAAGCGCGUCUGGAGUGGGAGCUCCAGGAAGAGGAGAAGAAAAAGGAGUGUGCAGCUCGAGGGGAAGACUACGAGAAGGUGAAGUUGCUGGAGAUCAGCGCAGAGGACGCUGAGAGGUGGGAGAGGAGGAAGAAGAAGAAGAACCCUGACUUGGGGUUUUCAGAUUAUGCUGCUGCCCAAUUACGCCAGUAUCACCGGCUGACCAAGCAGAUCAAACCUGACAUGGAAAGCUAUGAGCGACAGAGAGAGAAGCAUGGAGAAGAUUUUUUCCCAACAUCCAACAGUCUUCUCCAUGGGACGCACGUGCCUUCCUCAGAGGAAAUUGACAGAAUGGUUCUAGACCUGGAAAAGCAAAUUGAAAAGCGGGACAAAUACAGCCGAAGACGUCCAUACAAUGAUGAUGCCGACAUCGACUACAUCAAUGAGAGGAAUGCCAAGUUCAACAAGAAAGCAGAGAGGUUCUACGGGAAGUACACGGCCGAGAUCAAGCAGAACCUGGAGAGAGGCACAGCUGUGUGAGCUUAAACCUCGGGGAGCAGCGCAGAAGCUGGGAACGGGUCGGAGGCUUCUGCUGGCAAAUUCAAACUCCCACGUGGGACCAGCCCGAUUACUGGUCACACUUACCCCUGCCUCCCCACUGGGCUCCUGAAAUAAAUGUCUUUUCUCACCUCCUCUUCCACAUGCAUAUGUUCACAUUUUUGUGCUUGGAUAGACGAUGUAUUUCUUGUAGUAAGUGAUGUUUUGUAAAAGUCUAAUUUGUAUAAAUCCUAAUUAUUAUUUUUCUAUGUAUUUUAAAUGUGCAUAACCAUAUAACCUUUGAAUUAUGGGGCUUAGAUGUACACGGGUGCAGUCACUGCUGCUUUUGAGUGUUGUUAGGAGGUAGACGGAAGCCACAGCCGGGCUUGGGGACUAGCCGGGAGAGGACUGAGAAGCAGAGGCUGUUGAGACAGAUGCUCCUGGAGUUCUGACACUGUCUGCCAGGACUGGAGUCAGAGGUCAUGGCCGUCAGCCAUGCACACUCCCUUUUUAAAGAACAAUAAAAUGCUUUGGAAUAGA